AUGAUUUGUGAUAUAAUUGAUAUUCCACUCCUUACACCUUCUUAAAAAGUUAGAAUUUCUUAUUCUAAUACUACGGCUUCUCCAGCUAGUUCUAGUGAUUCAUCAUUUGAAUCCAAAUAAAUUCCUAACUUGCAAAUUCCCAGACCAUUAUUAAGUCAAGAUGAAAAAUUUGAAGCCUCAUUUUGCUCCUUUGGUAUUGUGUUUUACAUAUGA